UGGCUUCAAUCACUUUUGGGCUCAGUUGUUCGCCAGCAUCAGGUUCACAAUGACCUCCGAUUCCACGCUAUAUUUCACCGCCGUCGAGGAAAUGUUCAAGGAAGUGUUAACAAUAGAGGACGAGAACUUGGUUUCCGAGAACGAAGAGUUACCCGAAACUCCGAAACGCAGUGUAAAAUUGCGACAGCAAAAGUUGUUCGCCAAAGACUCCUCUGGUUUUAUGAUAAGUCGCCGAUCUCCCAGGAUCGAAUCCGAAAUUGAUCUCAAAGUGGAUAUAUCGCCCAGCAGGCGUAAGGAGCUUCGAGCCGAGGAAAUCCUUCGGUUGCGAAAGGAUCGAGCGGAAAAGGAACGCCAGAAGCCCCAAAGGCGUUUAACAUUGAGAAUUUAGACUCUCCGAUCGACAGAAUUAUUAUGUUUUCUCAUCAAAGUGCUUCCCCGUUGUAUGCUAUACUUUAGUUUUAAUUCUUAGGCUCGUCUAAGUAUGCUAUAUUAUGACUAUAAACCGUCGAUAUGUACGGUUUUGUGAUUUACAUGUAUA